AUGGAGUCGACGACGGCAGGUUUGUCACGAGGAUGCACUCGAAUUCGAGAGCCGGACGCGAACUUGCAGUUGCGGUUCAACGUGCACUUCGACGGACGAGCUCUCUGGUCUCGCACUUGCUGCGGAAUCGAUGGAACUGAUCGGACUCUCCGACGGUACCAGGUGAAUAGAGUCCGUGUGGAUUAUGUGGGCAAGAUGCUAUGGCGUGCUCAGAAUCGUGUUCAGCGAGUCCCAAGAUCUCAUGUCCGCACAUCAUUGAUGUGCUGGUAG